CGUUAAGACACAAACGGGCAAAUCGAUAUUGUGUGUUAUCAUUUAAAAAUUGUAUAUUAUUAGAUAGAGGAGAUUUGUAGGGGCUUUAACAAUUUUCGUCAUCUUUGUAUUAAUAAUAGAUUGUGGUUUAUCCAAAAACUUUAACUUGUAAAUAUAUUGCUAAACGCUAGAUUUGUAAAAUUACCUUUUGUAAAUAUGUCUUCCGAGCUAUUUAUUAUUUCCACUCCUAUUGCCUCGUCUAUGGCGAGUCUUGAUACUGUUGGAGGCGGUGCUGGUUCUACUUUGAAACCUUCUUCAACAAUUUCUUCUUGUUGGAGUCAUGAAGAUUUGAAUCAAUACUUUACAAAAUCAGUCAACGUUGUUCAACCAAAAAAAUCAUUGGAUACUAAUUCAAUUCAUGAAAGAGAUAUGCAUGCUAGAGUGAAUUUGAACAAGAUUCCAAUUACUUUGGAUACUAAUAACCUUACUAGAAAUAGAGUUUCCUCUAUUUCCAUUAACUCACCAUCAUCCUUAGCUGACCUAACUCCAAUUGUUGAGAAGGAAAAUAAGAGAGCAAAGGCAAAAAGAAUACUCAACCAAUUACUCUCAAAGAAAUCAAGAAUUAUUGUAAAGAAGCCAGUUACAAGAAAGACAUCAAUGAUUAUCAAAUUUAUAGUAACAUGUGCAGCUCUGAAUAUUCUUGGAUUUAUCACAUUUGCAGCCAUUGUUACAUUUGUUUUACCUAAUUUAUUCAUGCACCCUGCUGCCUAUGUCUCUGUUUCUGCUAAACACCAUUUACUUCACGAAGAUGCAACUUUGUAUAGAAAAUUGGUUCAUACAGCAAACAUUCCAGAGACUUUGGUAACUUUCCCUGAUAAUACCAUUACAAGUAAUACUGAUGAUAAUGGAGAAAGUUUUAAUAGAAAGGCAGGAUUGAAGAUUGAUGUUUCAAGAUUCAAUUUACUGAAGAAUAAUGAAGAAAAGAAGGAAACCCCUGUUGACCACGAUAUUCAUCCACCAUUUGCUACUAUGGAUCAUGUUUCAUAUAUGAAGGGUAAUCAUCGUGACAGGUUGGUUGAUUAUAUUGAAGCGUUACCACAUAAGAAUGAUCCUCUCAUUGAUUUUGGUUUGGAAUAUAAGAAUAUUUCAUUCUCAUCUCUAUAUGAGAAGAAUAAGAUGUUGAGAGGAUGGUAUGUAGAGGCCAAUGAUAAGAAUUCCAAAAAGGCUGUCGUCAUUGUUCAUGGGGCCUUUUAUGACAGAAGAGACGUUUUAGAGCAUUUACCUUACAUUCACAAAUUAGGAGUUCAUGUAUUAUUAUUUGAUAUGUUGAAUCAUGGAGUUAGUGAUGGCGAUGAAGGGUGUUCAUUGGGAUACCGUGAAUGGAUGGGUGUAAUGGGAGCAAUUGAUUAUCUUGAAGGAAUAGUUCCAGAUGUAGAAGUUGUUGCAUUUGGAAGCUCAACUGGUGCCGCUUCUUCAAUUGUUGCCGCUUCUCAAGAUCCAAGAAUUAAGGCAAUUAUUGCUGAAAAUCCAUUUGCUGAAAGAACUCUUCAAAUUAAGGAUGUAUUAGAGUCAGCUCUUUAUAAGAAUGGAUGGUCCCAUCAGUUACCAAGUUUGUUUGCUGGUAUCAUUGAAAGUUACGGUAAAUUCAUUCCUGAAUUGUUAAUUCGUGGUGUGUCAGUAUUGGUUAAUUGGAGAAUGUGCGACUUCUCUGUUAAUCCAUACCAUGCAUCUGAUGCAAUGAGGGAAAUGAGUAAACCAUUACUAUUGAUGCACUCCAAAACAGAUAAGGUUGUUGAUUUCAAGCAUAGUCAAAUCCUCUCUUCUUUAGCUAGUGGACCAAUUGAGUACUGGAUUGUAGAAGAUGCUCCUCAUUCUUGUAUUCACAGACAUUUAAAGGAUGAAUUUGAGGAAAGAGUUAUUUCCUUUUUACAAAAAUAUUUAUUAAAGCAAUAAAGCUGUGAAUUUAGUAC